AGUUUCCCUGCAAUUCGUCCACUUUGUCAUGAAUUAUACGGUUGAACGGAGGUAGUUGGAGUUUCCAUCCGUGCUAAGGGCAGCUCUCGGUCCCCGGUGUAGUGCCGAUUUCCGUUUCCGCGAACGUGCGUUCUUACGUUCCGCUUCCGCACAGUGUGCCGAACCGCAGUGACCUUCGCUGUUCAUCAAGUGGCGCUGGAACGCGUUGUGCGUCCGUGAUUCACACUCCGUAACGCCAAACCGCGAGUCAGAGGAAUACACAAUGAAAAUCUGGACAUCGGAGCACGUCUUCAACCACCCCUGGGAAACCGUAGCACAGGCCGCCUGGCGCAAGUACCCAAAUCCCAUCAACACAGCCGUCAUCGGUACCGACGUGGUGGAACGGAGGGUCGUCGACGGAGUGCUACAUACGCACCGGCUGGUCAGCUCCAAAUGGUACUUCCCACAGUGGGCACAAAAGCUCAUCGGUUCACCAAACGUAUGCUAUGCGAGCGAAAAAUCAACCGUCGAUCCUCAGCAACGGUUAAUGACGCUCAAAACGAUCAACCUCACGUUUGGCAGCUUUCUUUCAGUGUACGAAACACUUAGCUACGUUCCACACCCGACCGAUCCGAGCAAGACGCUCCUGAAACAGGAAGCGACGGUGCAGGUCGAGGGCGUACCGCUGAAUCGCUACAUGGAGGACGUGCUCACGAAGAACAUCAGCAGUAACGCCGGCAAGGGUCGCCAGGGGCUGGAAUGGGUGAUAGGCAAACUGAAUGCUGAGAUGAAAGAACUGGCCAGCAGUGCGGCAACCAGCACAAACGAGAUCCUGACACAGACGAAAAAGUCGCUCGACGACAUCACGGAUCAGGCUCGCAAGAGCAUGGACGAGCUCAGUGCGACGGCGCAGAAGAUUCACAUAUAGUAACAAACGCUGUGCAGCGGCGUCGUCGGCGUCAUCCAGAACCAGUGGAGGAGCCGGUGAGGGCCCGGAAGGAAGUGGUACAGGAGUCCGGCCUACAACCAGCUUCCCAUCGAAAGCUUCGCUCAGACCAUCACCGCAGCAACAAUCGUCGAACAGCGCCAGUACCGUUCAUUCGUCGGUGCCCUCUUACACUGCAAACGGUAGUACGGUGGGACCCGGAACCGAGGCUUCUUCCUCCGGUGCACGGAAGGAAAAUGCGAGCGGGCGAGAUGGUCGUGAUGCGUUCAGCGCUACCACCACCCGGGGCAGCUAGCGCCCCGGGCGAUCAGCCGAUCAUCAUAAUCAUCGGCCUUAGGUUAUUAUUUUGAAACGGUGUUCCUCGUCUCGUAUCUCUUCCUGGUUCUAUCAUGCAAUUCCUUACUCUCUUGUUAAGUCACAGUUUCCCUCCAGUAUGCGAUUCACUUGAGUUCAUAAUUUAUUCCCGUUCGCCCCCGGACAUUUGGUGUCGCUAGGAGAAAUCGAGUGACAAACACGGAUAGUAUGAAAAGUUAUUAGAGAUAAAAAACGUGCACCAAGCGGCGAGAGACACAAAUCGGAACGGGCGUGAAAUGGGGGACGGUGCUGUAAAUACACCCAUCGUACCGAGCGGAUUAUUAUUAUUUGUACCGAAAUGUACGUAAUGCAAUUCCUGUAUUAGUAGCCGUAGUACGCCGUCGGAGGCUAAGAAGACAGAUACAAAGUGUGGACAUGUUGUAAACGGUGUAAAUGGAAUUCGGAAUGAUCCAAGUUUUAUGCACGCUGCCGUUGCUCGCCCGAUUGUAGACAUUUUAAUUUACAUUUAAUUAGGUCAUUUUCAAAUUGCUACUUGAUAUAAACGAAAAGAGACGCGAAACCGCUUCUUAGAACAACCGCUGGCCUCUUGGGUUCUGAUGGCUUUUGUUUUCAGUUUUGUUGUGCCCACUUCCCUACGAUCCGAACCUACCCUUCAAACUGUGUUUUGGUCGCUUUCGUGCUUUUUCGGGCGGUUGGUUUGUGAUACGUUCCACUGGCACAAAGUUCAACGAUCGCUCUCAGCCGUGCCACACCAAAUGAAAAAUGACAAGUUAGGGUAAGCCCUUAAAGAGCCUCAGUUGACCAGCUAUCGUGACGCAACCUGCAACCUUUUUUGUAAUAAUCUUUUAAAUCAUCGGAAAAAGAGCAGAAAAUGAACAUCUUUAUGUGUCGAGAAGAGGAUUAAAAACUGGUAUGUCGUGCUUUUUGCGUAAAUUUGUAUAUAAAGCCGCUAACGUUUGUUAAUAAUAGAAUUUGAUGAUUAUUCUCGCAACUGAGUCACCGCUAAAAAAAAAUCACCAAUUUGAUCCCAUCAUCAUGUGACGUUGUAGAGAGAUCAAUAAAAUCAAAACACUAUAAAGCCACAGAAACCAUCGACUUUU